GUUUGUUUUGACUUUGCAGGACAUGAGAUGCAUUUUCUCUGAACUUGAGAGAGUGUCAUAAAGCAGUUAUACGUUUUAUUUAUAAUCAAUGACAGGUUUGUGACACCGUAAGAGAGAUUCUCAGUUGUCAAUCAUGCUUAUGUGUAGACGGUGGUUGUUGUGCUCGCUGAGGGGUCAAAAUAGGAACUUUAGUUUCUCAGCCUCCCGUAGGAAUGUUAUGCCCGCGUGGGUCAUCGACAAAUACGGGAAGAACGAGGUUUUGAGGUUCACCAAGAACGCGGCGCUUCCGAUCAUCCACUAUCCCAAUGAGGUGAUCGUUAAAGUGCACGCUGCGGGUUUAAACCCCAUCGACAUCAGUAUGAGGGGUGGUUAUGGAGCAGCUACUAUGGCCAUGAAACGUGACCCGCUGAACAUGAACCAGUCAGGCAGUGAGUUUCCUCUAAUCUUGGGUCGUGACGUAUCUGGAGAGAUCAUGGAAUGUGGGCUGGAUGUGAACUACUUUAAACCAGGAGAUCAGGUGUGGGCCGCUAUCCCUCCAUGGAAGCAGGGCAGCCUGGCAGAGUUUGUAGUUCUCAGUGCCAAUGAGGUAUCACAUAAGCCCAAAUCACUGAGGCACAUUGAAGCGGCAUCCAUUCCGUAUGUGGCUGCGACAGCCUGGUCAGUCAUCGUCAAUACUGGUGGACUGAAUAAAGACAACUCUUCUAAGAAACGUGUUCUUAUCCUGGGAGGAUCAGGAGGAGUGGGAACCUUAGCUAUACAGAUGGUAAAGGCCUGGGGCGCCCAUGUGACUGUAACAUGUUCCCAGAAUGCUGAGCGGCUGGUGAGAGAUCUGGGUGCUGAUGAUGUCGUGGACUACACUGCUGGACCGGUUGAAAAACAACUACAGACAUUACAAAAGUUUGAUUUGAUUUUAGACAAUAUUGGUGGGGAAACUGAGAAAUGGGCACUGGAUCUUCUGAAACCCUGGAACGGUGCUAAAUAUGUUACUCUAGUAACACCGUUCCUGCAUAACACAGACCGUCUGGGCCUUGCAGACGGAAUGAUGCAGUCCGGAGUCACCAUAGGAUGCAAAGUCCUAAAGCACCUCAGGAAAGGAGUGCACUAUCGCUGGGGUUUCUUUGCUCCAAGUGGCCCUACGCUGGAUGAGAUUACUGAAAUGGUUGAUGCUGGAAAGGUCCGUCCUGUGUUGGAGGAAGUGUUCUCAUUUGCUCAAGUCCCUCAAGCCUUUGAGAAAGUAGAGCAGGGUCAUGCUCGUGGCAAAACUGUGGUCUCCAUCAUUGAGGAGCAAAAAGAGUAGCUACAUCAGCCAAAAAACACUUUUUUGCAAUACCUGAAGAAUUAAAAACAUUUAUCUAA